CCAGGAACGCAUGCGCAGACAGGGCCUGGUGUCCGCAGCAGCUCGAGCAGCCACCGGGAGACGACCAGUUGGUUUGUUUAUCCCAAACUUUGACCAAGAUGUCGGGCUUUGACAGCAAUCCCUUUGUAGACCCGGUGGACAUUAACCCUUUCCAGGAUGCCUCGGUAACACAAGUCACCAGCGGAGUCACAGAAAGCAUUGGGGAUUUCAACCCCUUCACUGCACCUGACAGGGGGAGCCACACUGGUACAACCAUCCCCAUCUCUGCUGCCUCAUCUCAGCCUGCCGUCCUCCAGACCUCUGUGGAGCAGAGCCCACAAGCAACUGCAGCUGCUGCUCAGGCCAACCUGAUUAAACAGCAGGAGGAGCUGGAGAGGAAAGCUGCUGAGCUGGAGCGGAAGGAGCAGGAGCUUCAGAAUCGACAGACGGCAGGCACGACAACAAACACCGGUGUCAAAGAGAACAACUGGCCACCUCUUCCUAAGUUCUUCCCUAUGAAACCCUGUUUCUAUCAAGACUUUGAUGAGGAAAUCCCAGAAGAAUACCGCAGGAUCUGCAAGAGGAUGUACUACCUCUGGAUGUUCCACAGUACCACUCUUUUCUUGAAUGUCCUGGCCUGUUUGGCAUACUUCAUUGCAAGUUCAACUCAUGGUGUGGAUUUUGGUCUGUCAAUCCUCUGGUUCAUCCUGUUUACCCCUGUGUCCUUCAUCUGCUGGUACAGACCAGUCUACAAGGCCUUCAGGUCUGACAGUUCCUUCAGCUUCUUCUUCUUUUUCUUUGUGUUUUUUUUCCAAGUUGCAGUGUACAUCAUCCAGACAGUAGGAAUCCCUCAGUGGGGAAACAGUGGAUGGAUUGCAGCCAUCAGCAUGAUUAAUGCCAAUGUAGCUGUGGCUGUGGUCAUGAUGGUGGUGGCCGGCUUCUUCACUGUAAACGCCAUCCUGGCCAUCAUCCUUCUGAAAAUGGUCCAUUCCAAGUACCGAAGGACUGGGGCCAGCUUCAGUAAAGCCCAGCAGGAGUUCUCCCAGGGCGUCCUGACUAACCGGACCUUCCAGACGGCUGCAGCCAGUGCCGCCACCUCCGCUGCCCAGGGAGCCUUCAGCCAGAACUAAUCAAACAAUACCAAUACCCUCUAGUCUGUUCUCAGAGCAGCAAAACCAGACGAGCAUUUACCAACACACUUCAUUUGUUUUGGACAGUGUAGUUUUGAUUAUUUAUUGAAAGGGCAAGUAUAAAUCACCACUUUUUUGUGGCUCAUGUUAAGAUUGACUUUAAAGAGGAGGUGGCUUUACGCAGAACACACUGUAAAACUUGACAUGUUAUUGCACUCUCCACCACCUUCCUCAGUAUACAGAAGGAUUAAUCAAAGCUUACUCUGGGAAAUGAUGGAAAGUACGUUAAUCUUUCUGGAAAUUGGGCAGAGGGGCUAUCAGGAAAAAGGUUAUAUUUUUCAAACAUGCUACUGCUAAAGACACUGGUCAAAAGAUAAAGGACUUUUCUAGUGUGGAAAUACACACUUAUAGAUGAAUAUAAUGGUUACAUGAUACUGAUAUCCUGUAAAAUGGGCUUGACAGCUGUACAGAAGUGAAAACGGAAGGUUAAAGUAGCCCGUACAAUGUCUUACACUACUGAUGAACAUGAAUUGUAUGUUUUCUUGUAAUAAGCUGCUGAUUAAUGAAGGGUGAGGGGAUGGAAGUUAUUUUUUCUUUUUUACUGAUCUAAUCAAGAUGAAGCAAGACCAAAAGCUCUUGGUAUGGAAACUUGUGAUUAAAACAAGAGGUUGAGGUUUAUUUGUUACAAUGUAGAGAAGAAAGAGCAUUAAUGAGCAGAAAGAACACAUUAAUAUAUGUCGAUUAUCCAUUUGUUUGACUCUAUCAUGUGUUACUGAAUAGUCACAGAUAGUUUGUAUUUUGUAGCAGCACUUAUCUAUUAGCCUUUUCGUGUUUUAUUUAUGAAUCUUUCAUUACUGAAACCUCUUGAAUCACUUUUUGGUCUAACCUUAGUGCCUUUGAGCAGAUGUAACAGAUGUAGGGAUACUCGUGUUUUGUCUGAUUUUUGACUUUACAGAGUAUGUUAUUGUAUGGUGAUGUUUCCUUUUAAAUCACAGUAUGUAUAAAGGUGUGUUGUAAAUAUUGGUGACCUGUUUGAAAUAUACUAAAGGGGAGUUUAUUGAAAAUAUUAAAUAAAUUGCUAGUAUUUCUCUUUUGAAAA